AAUAACCUACAAACAAAAUCAAAACAAACAAUCGGUCAAAUGGAAAUGAACAAGUGUCCAAUUUGUCCAUUUAAUAGUGAUUAUUCAUUUUAAAUCAGUGUACUUACCCCAAAAUAGAUUGAUCCAACUUCAGCAGUACAGCUCUCUUUAUUUGUACGUUUACUGCUUAAUUACUUGCUUCAUUAUGUUAUCAUCGUCCAUGGCCAUCCUCUACAACUAACGAUUCACUGUUAAGUACUCUUUUCCAUUUCUUGUUAAAGGAUUUUUGAACCAAACUCAUAUCCAUCUCAGUCCAGAACAUUUCCAGACAAUGGUUUCCACGAGAGGGAUAAAAUUCCGGUUUUCUGAAGGUGAACGUGUUCUGUGUUAUGAACCAGAUCCAGCAAAAGCUAAAGUACUCUACGACUCUAAGGUUUUGAAAAUUGUAAAAGACAGGAGUGAAAACGGAAGGAAACUGGUGGAGUAUUUGAUACACUUCCAAGGCUGGAACUCUACAUGGGAUCGUUACGUUACCGAAGACUAUAUUUUGAAAGACACUGAGGAAAAUAAACAACUUCAGAAAGAACUUGCACAAAAAGCUCAACUUACGGCUGGUGGGAACCUUUAUCGGCGUGAAAGGAAGAAGAAACCCAGGAGACUUUCAGAAAAAAUAAACGAAAGUCUAGAAGUUCAACGAGCGCGGAAAAGACGAAAUUCCAUCGAUGAGCGGCCCACCUCUGAAUCCUCAACAGGCACCGAGGAACCUAUACUCUCUCCACUAUUUCACCUACCACCGCUUUUGAAAAAACAUCUGGAUCUAGAUUAUGAAAUGAUAAAACGGAAAAAUAAGCUUGUGAAAGCUCCCGCUCAACCAAAUAUUAUCACGAUCUUGGAGAAUUUUGUGAAACAUUGUGCUUUCACAGCCUCAAACUCAGGAGAAGAUAAGCCUCGACAUCAUUACCACACGAGUCACAAAAUGAGACGGAAAGUGAACAAAUUUGACACCGUUGAGUUAAACAUCUGCAAGGAAGUCGUGGAUGGACUACGAAUACUUCUAGAUUUUACACUUGGUGAUAUAUUACUGUACAGUGAAGAGACAGAGCAGUACGAGCAACUACGGAAUAAACCAGUUGUCUCACCCGACAGAAAUGAGCCAGCGUGUAGCACCAGUCCUCUUGGAGCUGACGAACCAUUCCAGAUGAAAGAAGAAUUUCAUGUCAAAAAAGAAUAUGAAGACCCAGAUAGCCAUCUAUAUCAUUCAGAAUUUGAGGGGGCAAGUGACCUUGGAAGGAAGAAGACUCUUCGAUCCCACAAGUGCCCUCUGGAACCCUCUAUUUUAAAUGGUGUGCCUGACAAACCAUCCAGAAGUAUUGGUAGCAGAUUGUCCUCUACUGAAACACCUGCUGUUAAGUUUGAGUCUAUCUCAAGUGUGACCAGUGUUAGCUCCUAUGGAUCAGCGUUAGAUUUCAAAACAAAUUUAAUGGCAUCUCCGAACAGAGCAGCUGUGCUUUCUGAUCUACUGAAUUGGCACUUAACACCGGAUGAAAUGUACAACCAGAUUCCAGUUCCGCCCUCCUUAAUUUAUGGAGCUAUUCACCUUUUAAGGCUGUUCGUUAAACUACCAGAAUUGUUAAUGUCCUCCAUUACUUUGUGUGACAAAUUUGACUCUACCAUCACAAUUUACAUCAAUAAAUUUUUGCAGUUCCUAGAGUGCCAUGCAGAAUGGUUUGAAGAAUCGUUUUAUGAAGAUAGAGACAUCUCUUUAUCAGACCUGAACCACGAUAGUUAGAUGUAGACAGCACUUAUUACAAUACCUGCACAAAAAUGAAAGAAACAGAAAUAUGGGCAUAUCAUGAAAAAGCGUUCCUCCCUGUAAUAGAAGCAGAGUCUCAUAAACAAGAAAUGGGCGAGCCCAAAAUGUACACAAUUUCUAUCAAUCAGAUAUGAUUAACCAUUUGAAUAUAGAAAGAAUUCAUUGAAAAAACCCAAAAAAUAAGUAGUCCUAUUGUCUCUCAAGUAAACAGAAAAAUCUUUCACCACAGAUGGAAA